GGUUUCAAAACAGAAGAGCGAAAUGUAGAAAACAUGAGCACCAGGCACAUAAAGGAAUUAUGUUGAAUCGACAAAGUCCGCCCAUUUCCACACCAUUAGAACCGUGUCGAAUUGCCCCAUAUGUAAACCUGGCAACAAUACGAAGUGUUGGUGGUAAUGCAGGAGGGAACAACACUGGCUUCAAACAUGCUCAUCUAACUGCAGGUGAAAAUGCCGAAAAUAAAUGUGAAGUGAUUUCGUCAAGUCUGCCUUUGCUUCGACAAGUCUCUGGCAAAACUACAAUGUCAGCCUUUGAUCCAGCUAUUCUAUCUGCAGCAGCUCACAAGUAUGCAGCGGUUAUGGGAAAUAUGAAUACGGCAUCAAACAUAUUUACAAUUACACAAUAUCCUAUCAAUCUUGCUGCUAUCGCUGCUGCCCAAAGUAAAAACUCUAGUAUUGCUGAUUUGCGCAUGAAAGCAAAACGACAUGCCGAAUCUCUUGGACUAGAUGCAAAUGAUGUAGAUUAACAUAAAACUACUGCACUAUA